CGGGAGCAGCGAGCGCCCGUUGGAGGGGGAGCGGGACCGGGACCGGACGGACCGGGGCUCGGGUCACGUGAGGGGUGUGUUGACUCCCUGGACGGGCGGGGCCGGCUCCCCGGGAGUUCCCCGCGGUGGCGGAGGCCGGUUCCGCGGCGAUGGGAGCCCGAGGGGGCCCGAGCGGACGCCGCGACGGCCGGCGGUGCCUCCCCGCCGGGAUGACCGCGCACCACUGACCCGGCCGGCCCGAGCGGGAGCCCGGAGAGCUGUCAUGGAGGAGUUGGUGGAGGAUGACAUCUGUAUUUUGAACCAUGAAAAAGCAGACAACAGUCAUAAGAGAGAUGGGGAGAUUCCUGUUUCGUCUUAUAGUGGAGACGAGUCUGCUGCCUCACACUUCGCACUUGUCACUGCAUAUGAAGAUAUCAAGAAACGACUAAAGGAGACAGAGAAGGAGAACUCCUCCUUAAAAAAAAGAGUGAGAAUUCUAGAAGAGAAGCUGCUCGGCUCCCGACUGGAAGAGGAAUGCAGUUCAGUUGGACGUGAACAAGUAAAUAAGGCGUACCAAGCCUAUCGAGAGGCCUGCAUUGACAGAGAUAAUCUGAAAAGCAAGCUGGAUAAAAUGAUGAAAGAAUGUUCAGAAUCCUUGAAAACCUUGAAUGAACAGCUGCAGUCUAAAGAAGUAGAGCUGUUACAGCUAAGAACUGAAGUGGAAACUCAGCAAGUGAUGAAAAAUCUGAAUUGUACUCAGUCCAGCUGGGAAAUAGAGAAGCUGAACAGUGACCUGAAAGUGCAUAGUCUGGAACAGGAGCUAGAAAAGCUCAAGCAAGAGUGCAACAGUCUCAGAAAGGAGUUGCAAAAGUCCAAGCAGAAGGACCAGGCCCAAAGUGAAAGUCCAUUAAAUGGAGACCUCCUUCGAAGGCAAGACAUCCAAAGCGCGCAACAAGCAUAUCAGGAACUGAAGAGAGAGAUGUCUAAUUUGCGCCUAGUGGCUGACAUGCAAGCUGAGGUCCUACGAAAACUGAAAACAAACCCAGCAGCGACCAAGAAAGCUGCCUCUACGGCACCAGUGCAAUGUGUUGACUUGAACAUUUCAAAGCUGAAUUUGACAUCUGGGGUGGUCUAUAAAAAACUCCCACAAAAUGAUCAAGUACUCUGCACCGCAGUGUCUCCCCCUCUGCAGAGAGGUGUAGAGAUCCCACCUGAAAGGGUGACUCUGCAAGCAUGGACAGAUGAGAGACCUGUUCCAAUGGAUGGCAAAACGUUUCAGGAACACCAUUCGCAUGGAAAGAGCUCUCUGGAAGAUAAUUCCUGGGUAUUCCCAAGUCCUCCAAAGCCUAAUGAGAAUGUGUUUUGGGAAAUGAAAAACAGAUCAACUUUGCUAAACUGUCCAGCAGAUUACCUGGAUCAGUGUAAUCAAAACUGUCUGCACAAGAGUUAAAGAAGUUUUAGAAUGAACCGAGGCAUUUUUAGAAUGGUUCUGAAUAGGCACCUUAACACUUGAACUUUGAAAGAGGGAAAACAAACUGCCUGAAACAUUCUUUCUUUAUUUUUAAUUCUAGUUGCGAAACAGAAAGCCUUGUCUUCCUCUGCUGUAAAUCAGGAACAAGUUCCUUGAAGUUAAAGCUGUGCUGGUAUAAUGUAAAUAGAAAGAGAUUGAACGUGAGGCCCGGAUAGUCUUGUACUGCAAGUGGCAUAUAUUUGCAAAAGAUGAUGCUGAGAAGUGAGUUCUUGGAAUAAAACAAAAUAAUCCAGUUCCGUAUUUGUUUGCUAUUUGUAUGGUAUCAUUUGGUAUCCUGUGCUAAACCCGGACCAGCUCUGAGCUGAUUUUUUGACAUUGGUUGGUUUUUUUUUCAGAGUAAGACAUGAAAUGAAUAUUGGAUUCUCUCUCCCUCCUUCCUUUCAAUUAACUUGCUGCUUUCUCUGGUUUAGAAAUGCAUUUUUGUGUUAUUUUUAACCAAGAAAGGUGAGAUUUUCUUUUUUCUCUUUCAAAAUCUUGAUUUAUCUUAGUGACAAGAUUAAAACCACUCCUUGGCUGUUUUGUUUAGAUUGCACCAUUUGGGGCUUUAUUGUGAAUUACAAAGGUUCGUGAGUGACGCUGCUGCACACUGGCUCCUGCUGCUCAGCCCAUCUCCCUCCAUUUGGGCUGCAGGAAGGUGACUAAUUCCGUGCACUAUGGUGCCUGCCACAGAACCACCCUGUCCGCGGUGCAGCCAUCCCUAUCGUGCCUCCUUCGCACAGCACCAGAACCAGGACUUUUUCUUUGUGUGGUGGUGAAGGCUACUAACUUGGGUUUUAUUAAAGAAACAAAGCCUUAAUUUAAUGGGAGUAGGUGUUUGCAGUGUUGUUGAAAUACGCAAGAAGUAUUUUUGUGCUAUCUUUACUGUGCCACUGAGAACUAGAGUUACUUGAAUUGAAACUGCCUGCUUUAUAGAUUAUGGGUGUCUAAGUACUAUUGUUUUUUUCCUCUUAAGGCCAAGAACUAUUUUUAGGCAAACAGAAUUUAUGCCUUUUUUUAAAAGAAACCUGCUCUGCUUCAUAUCUGGCUUAUUACAACAGGGUUAAGUGAAGUGUCUUGACUGCUCAAUGCGUUUGUAUUAGAUCCAUGAUGCUGAGCUUGUAAUGAGUGGGAAGAUGCUUCGUGCUCAGUGUGUUCUUUACAGAUGUGUGGUUGGCUGGGUGAAGUACUCAACUUCACAGGUCCAGCUUAAGAUCAGUGUAAUAAAAAUUAAUGUCACAGCUGUUUACUAGCAAAUUAUCUUUAAAUUGCUUGCAGAUACACAGGGAAACUACAACUGCAGCAUAGCCAUAGUAAUGAUGGGCUGUGAAAGUGUUACCGAGGUGCUACGUGACCUGUGUGGUUCCAGAUGCUUUCUUCCCUGUGGACUAAGUACUUCAUUUGAAGCCUGUCGUCUUCUCCUCUUUCAGUUUGUGUCUCAAAGUUGAAAAAAUUCCUUCCAGGUACCUUCUAUAUUAGUGAACAGCAUACAUAAAUCAUGUUUCCCAUUCACCAGAUAUUGUUUUUAUCUUUCUAUUAUCUCGCUCAUGUCUACUGCCUUGUCUGUGAUUAAUGGAAAUGGUGUCAGAUGCUGGAAUUUAUUCUGACCAAUGAACACAGCUGACUCAGGGGAGUACAAUCUCUUGGAAAGUAAUAGAACAAAACCCAAUAUGCAUAAAACAAAUCCAAGUCACUAGGCUUUAGCUGAUAGAACCAACUACCUGUGUAAUAACAAAGCAGCAGCAACCAUUUCUUGUGUGGCUGCAUAAAGCUAUAUGGUAUCUAGUUCUCAUGUAGCUUACUUUUGGGGUUCCCCACCUCAACAUUACAGAGGGCUUUUAUUAUGUAUUAUCCAACAGCCAUCAACAUGAUUGAUUAAUACUUUGAUUUGUGCAAUGAAGGAAUUCUACUGUAUAAGAUUUGAAAUAAAUUUAUUUUUGUUUGAAA